GAAAAGUCGGAGCAGAGACCUUAGCGGCAGGUUGUUAUUUUGGGGGCUCGGCGCCGCGCGUCCAGCUUCCCUGUCACCGCGAGGCAGUCCGCCCUCUGGUUGCCGCCGCUGCACCCUGUGUUGGGAAGCACAAAGAGCGGAGGGCGGGCUAGACCCAGGGUUGGGGUCCGGCCCUGGCCUCCCGGUGCCGGCCGAACCGUUCCGCUCAGCUCCUUCGCUGGCCGCGGCGCAGGAGGAUUCCGGGAAACGUCCGCCUGCCAUGAGCCGGCGGAACUGAGAGCCGGCGACAGGGAGCAGCGCGGUCGUGCGGAGCGAAGGGUCAGACCGGGCUCUGGGGGUGCGGCCCGCAGCCGCGGGAGUUGAGGAUCGGGACCGGGCGAUGAUCCGGGGCGUAGAGGCGCAGAUGGCGGACAACCCGCCGCAGCCGCCGCCGGUCAUCUUCUGCCACGACUCCCCGAAGCGGGUGCUGGUGUCGGUCAUUAGGACGACCCCGAUCAAGCCCACGUGUGGCGGCGCAGGGGAGCCGGAGCCGCCGCCGCCGCUCAUCCCCACCAGCCCCGGCUUCAGCGACUUCAUGGUGUACCCGUGGCGCUGGGGCGAGAAUGCGCACAAUGUGACGCUCAGCCCGGGGGCUGCGGGGGGCGCCGCCUCAGCCACCUUGCCCGCCGCCACCGCCGCGGAGCACCCGGGGCUUAGGGCUCGGGGCGCGCCCCCGCCCGCCGCUUCUGUAGCCGCCGCUUCGGGAGGUGAGGAUGAGGAGGAAGCGAGCAGCCCGGACAGCGGCCACCUGAAGGAUGGGAUCCGUCGAGGUAGACCCAGAGCAGACACUGUCCGGGAUUUAAUAAAUGAAGGAGAGCACUCAUCUAGCAGAAUUCGUUGUAACAUCUGUAAUAGGGUAUUUCCACGAGAGAAAUCACUCCAGGCCCACAAAAGGACUCAUACAGGUGAGAGGCCCUAUCUGUGUGACUACCCCGACUGUGGAAAAGCCUUUGUUCAAAGUGGACAGCUCAAAACACAUCAGCGUCUUCACACCGGAGAGAAGCCUUUUGUUUGUUCAGAAAAUGGCUGCCUGAGCAGAUUUACCCAUGCCAACCGCCACUGCCCGAAGCACCCGUAUGCCAGACUGAAGCGGGAGGAGCCCACAGAUGCUCUCAGUAAGCACCAGGCUGCAGACAACCAGGCUGCUGCAGAGUGGCUGGCAAAGUAUUGGGAAACAAGAGAACAGCGGACCCCCACCUUGAAAGGAAAGCUUGUUCAGAAGGCAGAUCAGGAGCAGCAGGACCCUCUGGAAUACCUUCAGUCUGACGAGGAGGAUGACGAAAAGAGUGGUGCCCAGCGCCGGCUGCAGGAGCAGCGAGAGCGCCUGCAUGGAGCCCUCGCGCUCAUGGAGCUUGCCAACCUGGCAGGAGCGACGCUCCGCCAGUAGCCUGAACACUGACUCUUCCACUGUACAGAAGUACUGCCCAGCAUACUUAUAAAGUAGGCCCUUGGGCAUAAGCUAAGCACCUUAUUUGCUUGUCAUAGGCUGCUAUUCUGUAGAAAAUUUAUGAAGAAUGUCAUUGCCCCAGAAUAUGGGGUGAGAGAGAAUUGCACUUUUUUAUAUGGUAAUAGAUUUGUUGUAAAGUUUAAAAUAUUUUGUAAAUAUGGGACUGCUAGUACAGGGUAGUACUACAUAUUGUGGGAAGCUAGAUUUUGCAAGUUUAAUGCAUUCAUUGGAAGCAGUUCUCACGGGAAGCACUUUCUGAAUAAGACACUUGUGUGGAAAAACAGGAUGGUACCUUUAGCCAAAGAAGGUUGAAACAGAUUAUUUAUAAGAUCGUUUUUAAACAAUGUAUAUUAGUAUAAUAAACAAUACUGUAAACACUGAAGCAGAUAAGAAAGUAUAAGAUAUGUAAGAUAUAUAUUUUUAAAUUACAAAAUGGUGUGCCUAAUAUGACUAGAGAAAUGGAAAACUGUCUUGGAAGAUGUAAGUUAUGGACUUUGGAAGAAAUUAGAUACUUGAGGGUUUUGAUAAGAUGCUAAUAGUUUAACAUUUUAAAAAUUGGAGUAAAAUCAGUCUUAUUCUGUCUUUCUGAGGCUUUAUAACACAUGAUGUUAAGGUUUGAAAAGCAUUUCUCAUUUCCUAACAUGUUAACUUGGGAACUUUUGCACAUUUCGUAUUUCUCAUUUGCUGAAGUUGAGUGAUUAAUCUUGCAAAGUCUAGGUAACUUGGUAAUUGGUAUUUUGUUUUUAGUAUUAUGAGCCCUGUAAUAAGAUUUGGCACUUGGUUGUUUUAAUAAAAGGACAGCUACAGGGUUGUUUCAUAGUGAACUAUUUUAGAUCUAUUGUUAGCAAACACUAAAUUUUAAUUGUACUGCUUGUUUAGAAUUGUUAGAAAAUUGAAGCCUCCUAUUUAUAUUUUCAGUGCAUAAAGCCACCUUGUUUUACUUCAGAAUAACAUGCUAAGCUAUUUUGUGUUCACUAAGUUUAGCUAUCAGUUAAACACUGCAGAAAAUGUUAGCUACUCAAACAAGUAGGCUUCUGGAAUAGUUUUAACUGCAAGUGUGUUAACUUGUCUGGUGGUUUUAAACCAUUUUUCCAAAUAGAUGAAGUGUUUAAAUCCCACUUUAUGUACUGAAGCAUGAAUAGAAAAAUCACGAGCUAAGCAGUUCACUUCCUCUAUAUAGGCAUAAACAUCCAUCAGUUUAACAUUUUUGUUUUACAAACUGAGUAACGUGUAACGUGGUAAUUUUGUAGAUUGCUUAAUUGAAGUAAAUCUCAGAACAACAGAGGGAAAUAUAGGCUCUUCAGCACCUUUUCCCACCUUUUUGAAUUAACUAGUAUCUACAGAUGUAGUUUAAACAUUACCUAAAAUAUAGGCUUCUUUAUCCAAAAAAAUCCCAAUGUGUUGCAGUACAUAAGUAUUUUAAAAUAUGUAGCCAUGGGAGCAAAAGUGUGAAAGAUGACAGUAAUAAAUAAUGUGUAUGAUGAGGACAUACUUUAAAAAUGUAAUUCCUCUGUAUAGUAAAUUACAAAUCUUGAGGGGAUUUUUUUUUUUGUAAACAAAGUUUAUAUUUGUAAUGGUCUUAAGAAUUUUGUUUGUAAUCUGGUAUAUAGAAUUUUAACCUGAAGCACUUAAUAAGCACAGUAAGAGAGACUACAGCAUCUGAUUGACUUGCUCUAUGUGUCAACUUGUUUUCCUAGAAUUUUUCCUCUCAAAUAUGAUUUAAAUGAAGUAAAAAGCAAUACUCAUCAGUCUUGGGAAAUUUAAACUUUGAUGAAUUUACCUGAAGAAAGAAGGGCAGUAAGGAUAUAAAAAAAUACAAAUACAGCUCAUAGACAGUAAAAUUUAAGGCCUUCAAAAGUGAGGGAUCUUGUUUCUCCAGUCAGCUUUUGUUAGCUGUAAAAUUAUAUUCAAAACAUUUUUUUAUUUGUAUGAUUGGAAGUCUAAUGAAUUACUACUACAGCUAUUUACUAUAGAAAUAUUUAAAAUAUUAUUUUGAUAUAAGCUAUAUCUUGAACAAAAUACAUUGGCAUCUAAAAUUUGAAGUGUGUUAAGACUGCUUUUUGUUUUAAAAAUGUGGUUUACAUUCAAAUUUUUGAAGUGUUUUAUGCUUCAUAUGGCUAAGGUGUAGUUUGGCAGCAUUAACAGCAUAGAAAUAAACAUGCUGUAAUUUUAAAAGAUGCUUUGAAUAAAAAUUUAUUUUCCUUUACAGUUUAAAGUACAUGCUUAUUCUUUCA